CGGCACCUCAUUCAUUUCCACCGGUCUCUGGUCGUUUAGCUCCAGUUGUUGUCAUCGCGGUUCCUCCGCCGCUGCCGCCCCCGCAAGGCUUCGUCGUAGCCGAGGCCAGUAACAGCGACUCGUCGCACCCGAUUCUCUUCUCUUCGUUCCCCGCCAACCGCAACCAUUGACGCCAUGUCGGGUUAUUCGAGUGACCGAGACCGCGGCCGGGAUCGAGGGUUUGGUGCACCUCGAUUUGGAGGGAGUAGGGCAGGGCCCCUAUCUGGAAAGAAGUUUGGAAAUCCUGGGGAGAAACUAGUUAAAAAGAAGUGGAAUCUUGAUGAGUUGCCCAAGUUUGAGAAGAAUUUUUAUCAGGAACACCCUGAUUUGGCCAGGCGCACAGCACAAGAAGUAGAGACAUACAGAAGAAGCAAGGAAAUUACGGUUAGAGGUCACAACUGUCCAAAGCCAGUUCUGAAUUUCUAUGAAGCAAACUUCCCUGCAAACGUCAUGGACGUGAUUGCAAGGCAAAACUUCACGGAACCCACUGCAAUUCAAGCUCAGGGAUGGCCAGUUGCUCUAAGUGGAUUGGAUAUGGUUGGAGUAGCGCAGACUGGAUCUGGAAAGACAUUGUCUUAUUUGUUGCCUGCCAUCGUCCACAUCAAUCAUCAGCCAUUCCUAGAGAGAGGUGAUGGGCCUAUUUGUUUGGUGCUGGCACCAACUCGGGAACUGGCCCAGCAGGUGCAGCAGGUAGCUGCUGAAUACUGCAGAGCUUGUCGCUUAAAGUCUACUUGCAUCUAUGGUGGUGCUCCCAAGGGACCACAGAUACGUGAUUUGGAGAGAGGUGUGGAAAUCUGUAUUGCAACACCUGGAAGACUGAUUGACUUUUUAGAAUGUGGGAAAACCAAUCUGAGAAGAACAACCUACCUUGUCCUUGAUGAAGCAGAUAGGAUGCUUGAUAUGGGCUUUGAACCCCAAAUAAGGAAAAUUGUGGAUCAAAUAAGACCUGAUAGGCAAACCCUAAUGUGGAGUGCGACUUGGCCUAAAGAAGUAAGACAACUUGCUGAAGAUUUCCUCAAAGACUAUAUUCAUAUAAAUAUUGGAGCACUAGAACUAAGUGCAAACCAUAACAUUCUUCAGAUUGUGGAUGUAUGUCAUGACGUAGAAAAGGAUGAAAAACUUAUUCGCCUGAUGGAAGAGAUUAUGAGUGAGAAGGAGAAUAAAACCAUUGUUUUUGUUGAAACCAAAAGAAGAUGUGAUGAGCUUACUAGAAAAAUGAGGAGAGAUGGGUGGCCUGCCAUGGGUAUCCAUGGUGACAAGAGUCAACAGGAACGUGACUGGGUUCUAAAUGAAUUCAAACACGGAAAAGCUCCUAUUCUGAUUGCUACAGAUGUGGCCUCCAGAGGGCUAGAUGUGGAAGAUGUGAAAUUUGUCAUCAAUUAUGACUACCCUAACUCCUCAGAGGAUUAUAUUCAUCGAAUUGGAAGAACUGCUCGCAGUACCAAAACAGGCACAGCAUACACUUUCUUUACACCUAAUAACAUAAAGCAAGUGAGCGACCUUAUCUCUGUGCUUCGUGAAGCUAAUCAAGCAAUUAAUCCCAAGUUGCUUCAAUUGGUCGAAGACAGAGGUUCAGGUCGUUCCAGGGGUAGAGGAGGCAUGAAGGAUGACCGUCGGGACAGAUACUCUGCGGGCAAAAGGGGUGGAUUUAAUACCUUUAGAGACAGGGAAAAUUAUGACAGAGGUUACUCUAGUCUGCUUAAGAGAGAUUUUGGGGCAAAAACUCAGAAUGGUGUUUACAGUGCUGCAAAUUAUACCAAUGGGAGCUUUGGAAGUAAUUUUGUGUCUGCUGGUAUACAGACCAGUUUUAGGACUGGUAAUCCAACAGGGACUUACCAGAAUGGUUAUGACAGCACUCAGCAAUAUGGAAGUAAUGUUCCAAAUAUGCACAAUGGUAUGAACCAACAGGCAUAUGCAUAUCCUGCUACUGCAGCUGCACCUAUGAUUGGCUAUCCAAUGCCAACAGGAUAUUCUCAAUAAGACUUUAGAAGUAUAUGUAAAUGUCUGUUUUUCAUAAUUGCUCUUUAUAUUGUGUGUUAUCAGACGAUAGUUAUUUAAGAAACAUGGGAAAUGCAGAAAUGACUGCAGUGCAGCAGUAAUUAUGGUGCACUUUUUCGCUAUUUAAGUUGGAUAUUUCUCUACAUUCCUGAAACAAUUUUUAGGUUUUUUUUGUACUAGAAAAUGCAGGCAGUGUUUUCACAAAAGUAACUGUACAGUGAUUUGAAAUACAAUAAAUGAAGGCAAUGCAUGGCCUUCCAAUAAAAGAUAUUUGAAGACUGAA